AUGUCCCUUGUGCAGACUCUUCACUACGAACUGGGGACUCCAUCAGAAUCCCCUCCUGCGCCCAAUCCCCCGGUGGAUGUGCCACUUCAGACGACGCCAGAUGAUGGACAACCGGUGUUUGAGCGCGCUCCCUUGACGGUGGUCAAUAAGCCUCGUCGAGUGAUCAUCACGGCGUUGAUUAUUCUCGCCAAUGUUGCCCAGAUGACAGUCAACUUCGCCGGCAUCGCCGGAGGCAGCGAAAUCACCAAAUCAAUGGGUAUUAAAGACUCUUAUGCCUCGUGGAUCGCAGCAAGUUAUGCAUUAACCCAAGGAACAUUCGUCCUAAUGAGCGGCCGAGUCGGUGAUGUCUACGGCCAUCGAAACCUCCUUCUAGGCGGAGGCAUCUGGCUGGCCCUGUGCACGUUAAUCUGCGCCUUUUGCGACAAUUUCUUCGCAUUUGUGUGCAUGCGUGCGUUGUCCGGUGUGGGCGGCGCCGCGAUUAUGCCUAAUGCCGUGGCUAUGAUUGCGUCCACGAAUCCCCCCGGAAGAGCGCGCAAUCUCAGUCUGGGGCUUUUUGGGGCAUCGGCGCCGUUAGGAGGGUAUAUCGGGGCGUUGUUUCUAGGGGCGUUUUUGGUAAGGACGGAAUGGAAGUGGUUUUUUGUUUUUAUAGCAUGUUUAACGGGCCUGACGUUUGUCUCGCUCUGGAUAUUAACGACGAAGGAAUCGCCACUUGAUCGAAGUGGAAAGAUUGAUUGGAUUGGAUCGUUUCUGGGGACGAGUUCGCUGAUUCUGUUUAAUUUCGUCUGGAAUCAAGCGCCCAGCGUCGGCUGGUCAACGCCUUAUGAGAUCGCACUUUUACUUGUCUCUGUAUUACUAUUCGCGUCGUUCCUCCUCUGGGAACGAAGCACACCACAUCCCAUCAUGCCACUUGAUAUAUUCAAAGCGCCAUGCUUUCUAACACUUUUAUUCGUAGUCCUCCUAAACUACAUGGCUGUCGGUACCUUGAUCUGGUACCAGUUCGCAGUCGGAUGGACACCAUUCGUAAUCUGCGGGAUGGGGGCGGCUUGUCUAGCAGCAUGGCUGAUCCCGCGUGUUGCUGCACAGUGGAUUCUAGCCAUUGGAACGGUGACGAUUCUCGUCUCGAGUGUACUCAUGGCCACGGUUCCUAUGCAUCAGACUUACUGGGCGCAGAUCUUCCCCUCCGUCGUACUGUUCGCGUUCUGUCCGGAUCUGGUCUACACGGCUGGUCAGAUCAUCGCGAGUAACUCCGUUCGGAGGCAUCAGCAGGGUAUUGCCGGGUCGAUUAUCGGGACGUUGAAUCUUUACGGGAAUAGUUUGGGACUGGGGUUUGCGUCGACAAUUGAGGUGCAGAUUGCGAAGAGCUCGGGGAGUAGAGUCAUGGGGUAUCGAGCUGCGUUGUAUUUUGGGGUUGGAAUUAGUGCUGUUGCGCUCUUGCUGGACAUCUUCUUCGUGCGUAUGGUCAAGGAUGAACGUGAGGGAUGGGAUGAGGAUGAGCAGUUGGCUGACGAGGUGGAAUUGGCAGAGGCAACAGGUGCACGAUUGCCUGGUGCUGUUGAGCGGGCUUAG